GUUGAGCGCGCAUCGCAAGCCUAGAGACCUUCAUCAGGCUCCCUUUUCUGGACACCUACAGCGAGUUGAUUUCUUCACAACAGCUUAUUGCAUCGUAUACCUUUUUUUCUCCGCUUUCUCCUGAACCCAACAAGCAAGAUGGCGAACCCUCUCGAUACGGAUGCUGGCUCCGAACUUUUCAGCUCGUAUGAAGCGGAGCUCAAGCUCGUACAGGCCGAUCUGGCGCAAAAGCUGGACCAGAUUCCCGAACUGACUGGCGAACCGCGCAAGGCUGCCGUCAGUCAGGCUGAGCGCGCCUUGGAAGAGGCAGAUGAACUGCUUGGCCAAAUGCGCCUUGAAAAGCAAAACAUCCCGACAUCUGCACGAGCCAAAGUCAACCAGCGCUUCCGCAACUACGAAGCCGACAUCGAUACAAACCGCCGAAAGCUAACGAGCCUCUCCUCUAACCGUGCUGCCCUGUUCGGCUCACGCUACACUGACGAACCAUCCGGAUCAACGGAUAUCAACUUGGAACAGCGACAACAGUUGCUGUCAGGAACGGAGAGACUCGACCGAAGCACACAACGACUUCUCAACAGCCAGCGGCUUGCCAACGAGACAGAGGCUAUCGGAGCUGAAACGUUGGCCGAUUUGCAUAGGCAGGGCGAGGUUAUUCGCCACACGCACGACACUCUUUUGGACAGCGAAGGUUAUGUCGAUCGCAGUGUCAAGACCUUGAGGGGGAUGGCUCGGAGAUCCCGUAUUUCCCUCAUCUCCAAGAGCGAUAUUCGCUACGUGGGGACUCUGCACGAGAUCAAUUCGGACGAGUCGACAGUGUCUCUGGAGAAUGUCCGCUCAUUCGGCACAGAGGGUCGCAGGGGCAGGCCUGAAGAGGAGAUAGCGCCAUCAGACCAAGUCUACGAAUACAUCGUUUUCCGCGGAAGCGAUGUCAAGGAUUUGCGGAUUGAAGAGCACCCCGCUAUCAAGGAGAAUAAGCCUCCUGCCAUGCCUGACGACCCUGCCAUUGUCGGCGCCCGAGCUCGUCCUGGAGCACAAGGACCAAACCAGAACGCUCCUGCUGGAGCUCCCCCCGGAGCCCCAGGCUUCCCACAACACCAAUAUCCUCCCAACCAGUUCUAUGGUGGCCCUCCGCCUCCAGGCUCUUGGGGACGAGGUGGACCCGGCCCUAUGGCUGGACCAGGUUUUGGCAAUGCGCCAUUUCCUCCGGGACCUCCACCCCCAGGCUGGUACCCUCCUCCAGGCCAAGGCUUCCCACCUGGACCUGGUGGCCCAGGUCCAUGGGGCAACGCACCAUUUCCUCCGGGACCCGGUGGUCCCCCGGGCUCCGAAGUUCCCCAAGGCCAGCGUGCACCUGAGCUCCCCUCGACCCAAGAGUCAAAGGUUCCUCCUAUUGGACCUGGUGCAGACAAGCCCAAGGGAGCUCCCCCAACAGAGCCCAAAGCCCAUGCUCAAGCAGCGAGACAGCCCUCCAACGCGCCAGCUCCUCCAGUCGAGUCCAAGCCGUCCGCGGAAGAAGUUAAGGCAGUUGCUACAACGUUGGCGUCGAAUGGAGCCGCAAAGGCAAACGAUGCGCCCAAGGCUAUCCCUACUGGUCCCAAAGCCAACCGUGUCCAGCCAGUUUUACCCCUCACCGGACCUGCAUCUAAGCCUUUCCAGCCUCCCUUUGCGGCGGAGAAAGCAUCCCAAUCCGUUCCUCAGUCUGCAGCUGCCGGACCAAGCAGUGUACAGGAUGCUACUAGUGCAGCCAGGGCAGCUGUGGCGCUGGCGAUGGCACAAUUGAGCAACACUGGCGGGAAUGCUAUGGACAAUCUGACUAACAAGGUCCAAGAGAUGCGCGUCAAUGCUAGCAGAGGUGGCAACGUAAACCGUGGCCGUGGACGCGGUGGCCGCCCAACUAAGGUUGAGGUUCCCGAUGCGGACUUUGAUUUUGCCCAGUCAAACGCAAAGUUCAACAAGGAAGACGUUGUUAAGGAAGCUAUUGCUGGUUCACCGUCGGCCGAGGCUCCUGCCGUACCUGUCACCGAAGGCUCAGAGCCCCAGGAUGGCACCACUCCCGUGGCAUACAACAAGUCAAGGUCGUUUUUCGACAACAUUUCCAGUGAAGCAAAGGAGAGAGCCGAAAACAAUGGCCAAAAACCUGGCGGACGCGAGUGGCGCGGCGAGGAGCAGCGCAGAAACAUUGAGACGUUUGGCCAAGGAAGCGUCGAUGGUGGAUAUCGAAACUACCGUGGACGUGGUCGCGGACGCGGAACCCGAGGAGGCGGUCGCGGCUAUAGCCGUGGUGGACGAGGAGGUCCUCGUCCGCAGUAUCAGCCAACAGCUGCUGGUCAGUAAGAUACAUCUGGUAUGAUAACUGUCAUUUCGAAUGGAUUACGGGCUGCAAUCUCAAGAACAAUUCCCCAUGCAAGUCUCUGAAAUGAGACUGAUAUAACGACAACAACCACCUUUGCGAGCUCGUAGCGCGACUACGAGCUCGUGUUCCAUCAAUAUUCCUCUUAAUUUACUUCCACCAAUGUACCAAAAUCCUUCAAUGUUUGCCUCUUCUAAGCUACUCAAGAGCAGCUACGAAGACUUAUAUUAUUCAUGUUUGAUUUGCUUUCAGCUCAGGAUAGGAGCUAUGGUUUUCACUGGUCACGGAACUCGACGACGAUGCCGGAGUUCGGUUUGCGUUUCAGGGGGGGCACAGGCACUGCAUUCCAUGAAUCAUGAGGAGACAUGAUGAAUGAAAAAAAAAUCUUUUCCGCUAGGAGUAGGGGGGCGCUUAGGAAUAAGCUGGAUUCUUUCACUGAACAAUGAAGCUGGGGACAAGCAUGCGAAUAUAUAAUGAACCUGUACCUUCUACAUGAAGCACCAGGGGCUGGUUAGGAACAACCAGACAAAUGAAGUUUAAUGAGUUGGUACCUCGUAGUGGGUGGGCAGCUUUGCGGCUUGCUAUCUAGAAAAGAAAGAGGAUUGAUUCCCC